CAGGCUUACUUAAAUUCUGCGAAGGACAAACUUGAUCGUUUCAAUCGUGAACCAGGACGUACAUCCAACCGGGAAGUGCAGCGAUUGGUCGCAAGUAUAUUCUACUGUAUCAAUCUAGUCGCAUUACAAUGCAUAGCUCCAACUAUUCUCCUUUUGGCCAUGGCUUGUUUGUACAAGACUGUCGCCGGUCUCUCAUGGUUUCCCACUGGUUUGUUCACGGCCGAACAUCACUCUGGAUCGACAGGGAUUCACAAUGCGCCCGCUUUGACGGAAUCAGAUUUUGGUCAGUGGAUUUCCGAUUCGUCUACCAAUCCGGAUGAUGCCGCAGCAUCCUGGUUCACUACUGUAUCACAAGCUCGGAUCGCAUUCAGUCGAUUCACAGAAAUUCUUUCUGUUCGUGGUAUGGCUGUGGCUCGAGGUGUAUUCGGGUUUCUGGUCUGGUGGUGCCUCGCUGCUUUGCAAUCGGUCAGUCUGCUCGGUUUGGCCUACCAUCGAUUUGCUUCCACCUAA